AUGGAAACGGGUAGUUAUCCCGUCUGGGACGACUUCGUGAGCAAGGCCAGCAAACUACAGUCACAGCUCAGGACGACGGUGGUGGCGGUCGCAGCUUUCCUCGAUGCCUUUCAGAAAGUGGCCGACCUGGCGACCAACAGCAGAGUCUUCCUGAUCGGCAUCUUCCAGGUCGACUCCUGGAUCGAUUUAAUGAAACAGGAAGUUCGCAGUCUGAACAGUGUGAACAGCAGUGACUCUCGCUCCAGCGGCUCUCACUGUCACUCUCCCACCUCUCACUUCCGUUACCGCGCCUCCUCUUCGUCGUCGUCGGCGAUGCCUCAGCAGACGCCGGCCCGCCUCUCCUCCGUCUCCUCACACGACUCCGGCUUCAUCUCCCAGGAUGCAUUUCAGUCCAAGUCACCUUCACCCAUGCCUCCAGAAACAUCACAGUUGUCAAAUGGUUUCGACCAUCAUCACGCUGCCCUCUACUUCCCGCCUCUCUGCUCCUCGGGGCUCGGAGCGGUCCCGUCGUCCAGAAUCCCGUCCUGGAAGGACUGGGCCAAACCGGGUCCGUACGACCAGCCGAUGGUCAACACCCUGAAGAGGAACAAGGACAGGAGAGAGACUACAGAUCCCAGCAGCACCACGGCAUCGAUGUCACCGCAGCAGGCGAGGAGCUGCAAGGGAUCAAAGGAAGCCACAAGGUCAGAUGGGGAGGACAGGGACGCCCAUGAGGAGCUGGCCCGAGCCCUGGCCCGAGGCCUCCAGCUGGACAUCCAUGGCUCCAGCAGAGACUCGCUGCAGGGCUCCAGCGGCUACAGCAGCCAGACCAACACACCCUGCUGCUCAGAGGACACCAUCCCCUCACAAGUAUCAGACUGUGAUUACUACACUGUGGGAGUGGAUCAGGAGGCCGAGCAUCAGCAGUCAUCAGACUUCGAUAAAUCCUCCACCAUCCCGAGGAACAGCGACAUCAGUCAGUCGUACCGCCGCAUGUUCCAGUCCAAACGCCCGGCCUCCACCGCCGGCCUGCCCUCCAACCCCUCCGCCAUUAUCACCCCUGGAGUCGCCACCAUUAGACGGACACCGUCCUCCAAACCCAAUCUGCGGCGCCCAUCUGGAGGCCUUAACUUGGGCCCCAUCCCCAUCAAGCCCCCCAUGAUCCCAGUCAAGACCCCCACAGUGCCUGAUCAUCCUGGUUUCCCCAGUAGGGCGGCGUCAGAAGAUGGCAACACGCCUCGAACCCCUCUGAGCCCCGCAACCACCCCUCUGUCACCAGGCAGCAGCGGCCCGCUGUCAUCGAAGUCCAGUCUCUGGGAGAGCCAGCACCAGGCCGAGGGGUCGGAUCCUCCCACCCCACCGCCGCAGCCCGGUGGUCGGGUAUCAGAGUGGGAGCGCCGGCCUCUCCCAGAGCUUCUGGAGGAGACAGAGUACGGAGAGGUGGAAGACUUUCUCGUGGCUAUCCGACGAGGCGUCAGGCUCAAGAAGGCGAUGACCAACGACCGAUCGGCACCAAUUAUUCACUGA